UGUAAAUAUUCGUUUCUAAUCGAGAUACAGCUCGCCAACGAUGGCCCGAUGCUCAGCAGCUAAGGCCACAGGAAACCCGGAGACGAACUUUAUGGCCGCUGGUGAAAUGUCUCCCCAGACUCUGUACGGCUAAGCACAUGCGAUUUAAACAUGAUAUGCCUAGAUCUUUUUCCUUGUUUGUCUAUUGUCUAGGCGUUGUCGUUGUAACACCUAUACUUGUCUAUUUGUGUUUUGUUCCCUUAUUGCUGAAACUGUUAGUCAUGUUUUGCCACCUCAUUCCCAAGAUGCCUCCCAUAUCACCCUCUGGUAUAGAAUGGGAUGCCAGUAGCGGUGAACUUGUACAUAAGAUUGAGGUAAAAUUCAGCUUUUACGCAUACAGGUGCUUUAGGAUCUUCGGGUAUUCAUUAUAAUGCCAGGCCUGUGGAUGAAGCGUUGAAGUUGGUUGCAUUUCACAAAUUAAAAAGUGUCCAGCCUGUUUACGAUGAUCAUCACAACAUU